AUGGAGUUCGCCAAAUGUAUAUCACGUCUCAUUUAUAUUUCUCUCAUUGUAUUGCGCGUACCUCUAACAAAGACCACCACCACGCCAUUUCCGCCAACGAUCGAAUCUACCAUCGAGUCUACUGUCGUCGACUUGAGCACGACGCAGGAGCAGGGCGAGGUAGAGAUGCCAAGGGUACCGCUGACCGAGCAGGUUAUGGAUCACAACAUACGGGUGAGCGACGUGCCCGACGUGGACCCGGAGGCGACGGACGUGCCGGAUUCCAGCUUGGACAGGAACCAGGUGAUCCGCGACGUGGCGUAUUUCAUUCGCGCCCACAAGUUCCACGACUACGAUCAUCGGUACUACAGGAGCGCGGAGGAGGCGACGAGCAGGCUGUACGAGGAGUUCCCACGACCCGGUCUGAGAUCCCUGCACUGGGAGGUGCGUAAGCACUGCGAGGCGAGUUUCGUCGAGUGCCUCAAGUAUCUCGAAAGGAUCAUUAGGCUCACGGCUCUCAGGCGCGAGGACGACACCGUCACGGUCGUGAGGGAGCAGAAGUGGAACCUGGCGAACAAUAGCGAGCAGAUGCUGGCCGCUCAACGAGACUGCCAGGUAGCCCAAAGACGGGACAAUCUCACCGCAGCACCGUUUCAAGGUCCAAUCGAACGCUUCCAAUGGCGCACCACCGUCAGCUAUUAUAUGUGCUGGUACACGAUGCUGGGCGUCCCGGACUUAGCUACCUUCGGCGAGCCCUGUGACAAUCACGCCAACUGCCUUGAUGAAUAUGGCGUUCAUAACAAGGAUCCACGAGCGGACGACACGAAAUCGUACGCCUGCGCCCUGUACAGCUUCUGCCCGGACCAUUGUUGCCCCAUGAAGCACAUCCGGUACAUGAAAGACUGUUAUCAGUCGCAGAGCAACCCUUGCUACGCUGAGAAUCAACCAGCGCAUCGAAAAUGCACGCUAAACCGAGACGAGAAUCGCGACUUCCAGGCGCUCAGGGCGAAUCAGAUUAACGUGAGUUGCGAAUGCCAUAAGCGCGGCCACGAGUGGUCCUCCAGAUUCGGGCUGUGCAUCGACGUGAACGAGUGCGUCCGAGGUACGCAUAAUUGUACGCGGAACGUCAGCGAGAGUUGCCUGAAUAUGCCCGGUCAUUACGUCUGCGUCUGCCGACUUGGUUACGUCUACGAUCCGGAAAUGAGACAGUGCGUUCACAGUCCGGACAUUGAGAGAGCGUUAAAGGGCUACGUGGAAGAAUCGAAGGCCGCGAAAAGGAGAGGUCUGUUCGAGAAGAUCGUCCGGACUAUUACCAGAUCUCCCGGAAGUAGCUACAUUCAUGGCUAUGAAGUCAAUUUUUCAUUGAUUUUAAUUCUGUUGAUCUGCAGUGUCAUAUAAACCUACCAAUCGCUUCUGCUUCUUUAAUUAAAUAUAAGAAUUUAACGGUUUGUCUGUGUAAUAUUAUAAAUUGAAUGUAUGCUUCUCGGCCAAAAAGUUAUUUAUGUUCGUUGAAAAAUAUUCAUGACAUAGAACAUGUGACAAUAAUCUAGAAUUUUUUUUAAAUGUUUUUAAUU